GUCAGUUUUUAAAGGGGAUGAAAAGGCUCAAGAGGAAGAAACAAAACGCCGGAGUUGGGGUGAAUGGGAAUGGAUCCCUCACAAGAGAACAAGAUUGUGGGAGGAAACAGAAGUUGGCCGAGAUCCAUCAGGCUUUGAUAAGUGAUCCAGUGGACAUUGAGACCCUGAGGAGAGCAGCAGCCACUAAAGGAGGACUGCUCACUGAUGAACUGAGGAGAAAAGUCUGGCCUAAACUUCUGAACAUCAAUGUGUAUGAGCUACCAUAUAAACCUGGUCGAGAUGUGAGAGAGAACCACAAGGAUUACAACCAGGUACUCCUGGAUGUCAGGAGGUCCAUGAAGCGGUUCCCUAAAGGUAUGCCAGCCACAGAGAGAGCCGUGCUGCAGGAGCAGCUGAUUAACAUCAUACUGGAGGUUUUGAAACACAACCCUCAGCUCCAUUACUACCAGGGCUACCAUGAUGUGGCUGUCACUCUGCUGCUGGUAGUCGGGGAGCGAAUGGCCAUCGCCAUGUUGGACACACUAUCCAAUUAUCACCUCAGGGAUUUUAUGGAUCCUACCAUGGACAGCACUAAACACAUUUUAAACUACCUGAUGCCUAUACUGGAACAAGUCGAUACAGAGUUACAUGACUUCAUGAUCAGAGCGGAGGUGGGAACCAUCUUUGCGUUGUCCUGGCUCAUCACAUGGUAUGGCCACGUCCUGUCAGAGUUCAGACACACCCUCAGACUCUACGACUUCUUCCUGGCUUCACAUCCACUGAUGCCCAUCUACCUUGCUGCCACGAUUGUGUUGCACAGAGAGAAGGACGUGAAGCAGACAGAGUGUGACAUGGCCAUGGUCCACCACCUCCUCUCCCGCAUCCCUCAGGACCUCCCAUAUGAACUUCUGAUCGCUCAGUCCCAGGACCUGUUCAACCAGUACCCUCCAUCAUUACUGGCCAAGCGGGCAGCACUGCAGUCUCGCAAGAGUUUGUCCAUCAGCACCUUCCAGGCGUUUCAGCUCUCCACCCUCCACCAGAGGCCAGACUCUGUUCUUCAACGCCUCACCAAGGCCCAGGGCUCCACCACCUCCAGACAAGCCUCUCAACACUCAGGCCUGGAAGCAGCUUUGCCCCGGGACCGAGGCCAGCUGUGGGGGAAGGGGAACAGGAUGGUGAAGAUGGCAGUGUGGGGGCUGUCUGCUACACUCGGGGCGGCUGUGUUCGCUGUGGCUCAGACAGCCAUGGACUGGGGACCUGAGGUGUUACUACAACUGUUCUGAUGUGGCGGUGGGGAUAUAGACUGUUGCACACACACACACACACACUGACACACGGUGACAGCAGACACACAUCUGCUCUUGUGACGGAUGAACAAUAUACAAACAUACAUACACAAACACAGACUUUGAAGACUUGAAGCUCGUCUUGUGCUCGGAGGGCGAGGUAGAGAGAAGCAGGAGGUCAGUUAUCUUGGUGCCAAACAGGUUGUUGCUACUCAACCACAAUGAACAUAUGUUAACCACUAGUCAGCCUCAGGAUACAUGUGCAUGUGUGUGAGAGGGUGUAUGUGUGUUACAUGUUUGUGAGCAUGUAAGCCAGACCUCAUACCACAUGUCAGCAUGGGUGAA